ACUGCCGCGGGGCCAUGGGGGCCGGAGCAGGCUCGGGGCCGGGGCAGCUCUUCCUCCGCUCCCUCCUCUUCCUCCUGUUGGCCGGACCCCCGGCUCUGGGGCAGCUGCGCUACGCCGUGCCGGAGGAGCUGGAGCACGGAGCCUUCGUGGCCAACCUGGGCGAGGACCUGGGACUGGAUGUGUCCACCCUGUCAGCGCGGAGGUUCCGCAUCGUGUCACGGGCCGGGGCCAGGCAGCACCUGGAGGUGAACCUGGAGAACGGGAUCCUCUUUGUGAACGAGCGGAUUGACCGGGAGGAGGUGUGCGAGGCCGGGGGGACCUGCCUGCUCCACCUGCAGCUCCUCGUCGAGAGCCCACUGGAGCUCUACCGCGUCGAGGUGGAGGUGCUGGAUAUCAACGACCACGCGCCCACCUUCCCUUGGCAGGAAUACGUGCUGGAGGUGGCCGAGUCUGCCGUGCUCGGUGCUCGCUUCCCACUGGAGAGCGCCCAGGAUCCUGACGUGGGCACCAACUCCGUGCACACCUACCGCCUCAGCCCCAACGGCUUCUUUUCGCUGGAGGUGCAGACACGCAGUGAUGCCAGCAAGUUUGCAGAGCUGGUGCUGGAGCGUGCCCUCGACCGCGAGCAGCAGCGUGUGCACCGGGUGCUGCUCACUGCUCUCGAUGGUGGCGUCCCCGAACGCUCAGGCACGGCGCACAUCCUCAUCACAGUGCUGGACGCCAACGACAACGUGCCUGCCUUUGACCAGCCCUCCUAUGGUGUGAGCCUUCCUGAGGAUGCUCCUGCUGGCACUCUGGUCAUCCAGCUCAAUGCUACUGACCUGGAUGAGGGCCCCAACGGGGAGAUUGAGUACUCCUUCAGUGGGCACGCACCGCCACGUGUCCGGGAGCUCUUCCGCGUGGAGCCUCGGAGUGGGCAGGUGCUGCUGAAGGGCCGCCUGGACUAUGAGCGGGCCAGCCUCCAUGAGCUCUACGUACAAGCCAAGGACCGUGGGCCUUCAGCUGUGGCUGUGCACUGCAGGGUGCUUGUGCACCUCCUCGAUGUCAAUGACAAUGCGCCAGAGGUGACCCUCACCUCUGUGUCCACACCCGUGCUGGAGGAUGCCCCCCCAGGCACUGUGAUCGCUGUCAUCAGUGUUCUGGACCGGGACUCUGGGGACAACGGGCGUGUGAGCUGUGAGGUCAGCCCAAAUGUGCCAUUUGAGCUCCGCUCCUCCUUUCGGAACUACUACACGCUGGUCACCACGCAAGCGCUGGACCGGGAGGUUGUGCCCGAGUACAACGUAAGCAUCACGGCUCGAGACAUGGGCUCACCUGCCCUGCUGACCCGCAGCACCCUCACCAUCCCUGUGUCUGAUGUGAACGACAACGCGCCGCGCUUCCUCCAGCCCUCCUACAGCGUCUAUGUGAUGGAAAACAACGCACCAGGUGCCUCCAUCUGCUCUGUCAGUGCGUUAGACCCUGACUGCCAACAAAACGCCUACCUGUCCUACUCCAUUGCCGACGGGCACAUCCACGGCAUGCCUGUGGGCACCUACGUGUCUAUCAACUCAGACAGCGGGCACAUGUACGCCCUGCGCUCCCUCGACUAUGAGCAGAUCCGCAGCUUCCAGAUCCAGGUGCAAGCACAGGACGCGGGGUUUCCCCCACUCAGUGCCAACGUCACCGUCCACAUCUUUGUGUUGGACCAGAACGACAACGCUCCGGUCAUCGUUUCCCCCAUGCCGCGCAACGGCUCCGUUGCCACUGAGCUGGUGCCGCGAUCAGCCAGGCCUGGCUACCUCGUGGGCACGGUGUCAGCGGUGGAUGCGGAUGCGGGGCUGAACUCUCGCCUCUCCUACCAACUCCUCCAGGCUACUGACUUCACCCUCUUCAGCGUAGCCCCCGACACGGGUGAGCUGCGCACGCUGCGCUCCUUUCUGGAGCAGGAUGCGAGCCGGCAGCAGCUGGUGGUGCAGGUGCGGGACGGUGGACAGCCAGCCCUCUCUGCCACCGUGUCCCUCCUGCUUUCGGUGGUGGAAACCAUGCCCCAGACUCUCUCCGACUUCAGCGAGUUCAGCCUCCCUCCAGAGGUCUCCUCCUCUUCCCCGCUCACCCUCUAUCUCCUUGUCUCCCUGGGCUCCAUCUCCUUCACCUUCCUUCUCGCCAUCCUCAUUCUCACAGCCAUUCGCUGCCGCGGAGAGCGGCGCUCCCGCCAAGGGGACAGCUGCUCGCCACCUCGCUGCCACUGCUGUCCUGGGUCCAGACCCUCCUCUGAUGGCCUGAAGACUUCCAACCUGACGGCACAGCCUCCUGCAGGGACCACGACUGCCACCUGCCUUGAUGUGCCUGCGGGCGGCCCCCCAGGCUACUGCUACAAGGUCUGCCUUGGUCCUGAGUCUGCUCAGAGCGACUUCAUGUUCCUCAAACCCUGCAGCCCCCCCCGGAACAACGAGAAGGAUCCCGGGAAGCGGUCCCGGCCAGACCAGCAUCUCCAGGUCUCCAAAGAGGCCAAGCAGCCCAACACAGACUGGCUGCCUCCGAGCGCACAGAGACCUGCCCUGAAAAGCUCCCAGAGCCUGGAAGAUAUGGGGGAAAUCCGUAGAGCCCUCCAGAAGGAACACGAGAGGCUGUGCACACUGGUGACCCCUGUCUCUGAGUUUCAGAAGGCUUCAGCAGGCCCCAACAGCAUCUGGACACCCCAGUACAGCCCCUUGUACCCAGCCCUGGAUUAUCAGCACAACGUUUACAUCCCUGGCACCCCCACUCUGCUUUCCAGCAAGGAUGGGCCCCUGUUCCUGGGCCGGGAGAACAAAAACAGCUUCUCCACCUUUGGCAAGAGGAAGAAGAUGACAACUUACUGUGACAUGCAUGACAGUGUGGUUAUCAACAACGACCUGAAAUAGCCUGGAUGGCUCUAUCCUUGGAAUCUUCUGCAUUAUUUCAGCUGCCAGGUCCACCCACAGCACGCACCUCCAUGUAUGGAGCACUCAAGACUUUAUGGGGCUGCUGGGAGAGUGGCUCAACAGAGCACGUGGGAAGGAUUUAAGGAGCAAGAGACUGAAAAUUACAGGGAUUGGGGGGUGGUGGCGGGGGGAAUUUCUCCCAUCUCAUCUUGCAGAGCUGUAUUGGCAGCAGGUGCUGUUUGAGGUCCAUAUGACCAGAUUUAAGCACAUCUGCCUUGAGUUCACUCAUUCCCGUGUCCCCUUAGGGACCAUUCAUCUCUGUAAACAUUGUCACUCCUUUGUCUUGUCUGGCUGUAUGAAUGUACUGAGCUGCAUGCCUGUAUCUCUGUCCCAGUAGGCAUGGAAAGCGUGUCCAGACCAAGCCUGGUUCAGCCAAGCCUGACCUUACCCACUGGGACAGUGACCAUUGCUCUGUCCCGGAGAUCCAGCGGGAUGUGUUGCAUGUCUAGAGCAGCAAUUGGUGUCUGUUUUCUCUGGGAAGUGAGUGCAAAACCCAGCCUUCAUGAGUGCUUCUCUUCCAGCCCUGAUCCAGCACCUGCAGGGCUGGACAUAGCCCGGGUCCAGGGCAGAGCCAGCCUUUGCUCAGGAGCAGCACGUGCACACACGGACUGGAUGGCCAGAGGGGCUGCUAGCUUAAGCACCUGAGAGAUGCACAAGGUGAGGCCCUGCUGGGUAGCUCUCUAGCCCAAGGCAACAUCAUCUGAACAAAAAACAGUUUCCAAUCAUUGGAGUGACCCCAGCACAGGUGACAGUCUCUUCCCUCCAGCCCCUGCCCUCACUCGGAUCUCUGUGUUCCCCAAGUCCUGAAUGCCUGGAGGAAUCCCUGCACUGGGGGCCCCACAUGCACAGGACAAACUUCUCCAAGUGUGCCCUGUUUCUCUUUUAGAACCUUUAGCUGGCAGUCAGGAGCCCUCAAGGGCAGGACUCCAGCCCCAGCACAGUCUCUCCCCUGCCUUGUGCACCCUGCACCUGUCCACCAGUCUGUCUGUCAUCACUGCCAAUUGCUCUGGUCAUGGGACAGUUCAUUUUGAAUCCAUCUGUGCAGAACAUGACAGCUCUUUCUAAACUGAGUUUGUUUCACUCUGUCUGAUUUGUACCA